AUGCGCGGAUUUCGCUCGAUCCUAGCCCCGCCGCUUUCCCGUGGCCAGCCAGCUCUUGCAGCUUAUCUGUUCACCAUCCCCGUUGCUGCCAGACCGUUUUCAACUAUUCCAAUGCCGUUUCAAAAGAAUAGCAGCUCGGCAUGUCCGGAAAGCACCGAGAAGGCCUCAGCUCCGCUGUCCGCGAGUGAAUUUCGGGCAUACAAUCGCAUGUCGGAGCACAUGGACCAAUUCCAUUCCCACUUCCGCUUAACAUGGAAUCAGCUGUGGGACGCCUGCACAGCCACCGGGAAACGCCCAGGUGGGAUAUCGGCCCGCCAGAUGAUUCUUAUGGGCCUACAAUUUUGUUCACAGCUGGAUUUUCAUCAUUCCAUUGAAGAACAACACAUUUUCCCCGUCCUGGCGAAAAAGAUGCCCGAGUUCCGGAAAGAACUCGAUUUGCUUCGCCAGCACAAGCAGAUCCAUGCUGGACUCGAGAAACUCGAAGCCUACCUUGAGAAAUGCCGGUCAGGCGAAGAGGAUCUGCGUCGAGAAGAAGUGAAGCGACUGAUGGAGGGUUUUGGUAAGGUUUUGUGGGCUCAUUUGGAUGAGGAGGUCCAGACACUUGGCGCAGAAAAUAUGCGCAAGUACUGGAGCCUCGACGAAAUGCGCCGACUUCCCAUGUGA